CAGGUCACUUUCAACAUGGAGUGUGGAGCAGGAAAGCACUGGACUGAGGAGGAGGUUAAAGCCUUGCUAAGUAUCUGGGCAGAAAAAAGCAUUCAAAAACAGCUCCAUGGGGCAACAAGAAAUAAGGGAAUAUUCAUCUAUAUUGCUGAGAGACUACAGAAGUUUGGAGUUUACAGAGACUGGAAGCAGUGUAGGGCAAAAUAUAAGAACCUUAAGUAUGAAUACAGGACAGUUAAAUAUGCCCACAAUUCUGGAGACAAAAACAAAUCCAUGAAGUUUUUCCACCAGCUAGAUGCCAUUUUAAGGAAUCAAAGUAUAGUGCAGCUAAAUGAAGAUGAGGAUGGUAUGUGCACUGAUCAAGCUACAUCAAGCAGAGAACAGAAAGAUGAUAAGGAAGCAGAAAUACUAUGUAAUGUGAAUGCAACCCCGGAACAUGCUGCAGAUGAAAUAUCUGUAGCAAUUGAAGAUGAUGAAGACAGCACAGAAGACUCUAUGUUCAGUGCAAUAACCAAAGCACAUGAUUCAGAUCACCAAAGAUCACUACAAGAACAUUCUGGUAAUGUACCCCUUUUUCCAGCUGUGGCCACUGAAGGAGGAAAACACUGGUCAGAUGAUGAAGUCAGAGCAUUAAUAUCUGUAUGGUCAGAAAAAAACAUCCAACAGCAACUGGAAGGGUCCAUUAGAAAUAAAGGUAUAUUUGAACAGAUUGCUAGUCGCCUACAGAAAUUUGGGCUUGACAGAGACUGGAAGCAAUGCAGGACCAAGUAUAAAAAUCUUAAAUAUGAAUACAAGCUUGUAAAAAGUGUUCAGGAUUCUGGACAUAAAUGGAAGACUAUGAAAUUUUUCAGUGAACUUAAUGCCAUUCUUGGACAAAAACGUUCUAAGCAGUUCAGUAGCUCCAACAGUAUGGAUAAAGUGAAUAUGUCAUGGAAAGAUUCCAAGCCAAAUAAUGACAGUGAACCAGAUGAAGAUGAUGAUAUAAUCAGUAACGCUUCUGAAGAUCCAUUUGCUGCACAUAUCAAGAAAGAAGUCCCUGACAUUGAUGAGGAUUCUUUAAGCACGGUUUCAGUGGACCUGAUGGUUGACAACCAAACAAAAGCAGCAAAGACAGAUGGCCAGUUAUCAUUUGAAGAGCCAGUGAACCAGUUCAAGGUAAUUACAGUCAACGAUACUGGAGCAGGAAGGCACUGGACAGAUGAAGAAGUCCGAUCACUAAUUGAAACAUGGUCAGAUGAAAAGAUACGGCAACAGCUUGAAGAAGCAACAAGAAACAAAGAAAUAUUUGAACAGAUUUCAGACAAGCUUAUGGAAUCUGGAAUUGACAGAGACUGGAAACAGUGCCGCACAAAGUACAAAAACUUAAAAUAUGAAUACAGGGCAUUACAGAGAGGAAACAGUCAACAUGGUACACCCCGUAGAAGUAUGAGAUUUUAUGAUGAACUUGAUGCUAUAUUGAGAAGGAAAUCUGCAGCUGAAACUCGUGAAGGCAGGGAAAGCUUACAGAGUGCCCCUGAAAUAAGAACAGUAACGGAAGACAUGGAUCCUUCAACAAGACUAUACUCAAGGUUGGACUACAGUGCAGAAUCAGAUGAAGAGGACAGCAGAAGCUCAGCAGAAGAAAUAUUCAUUUCAAAUGUAAAAAGGAAAGCUCCAGCAGAAAUGUCCUUCAUUCCUGCUAAAAGAAGAGUAUCAGAGACAAGCGCUGCCAUGAUUAAAUUAACUCCAAACCCUGAUGCUGUGAGAGAAACUCAGGGGAUGUAUGAAGCACCAACAGGACACUGCAAGCAAGGUGAUGACAAGAUAAUUAACCAUACAGUGCAGCUUCAUUUUAACCCUAGGAUUCAAGGACCACAUACUCAGGUUCACCAAAGACGCAAGGACAUGGAGUCAGCGGUGGCAGUAGCAACAGGACUGAAAAUUGGAACUAAGCUCAGUGAGGGUAAAACAAAGGAAGUUUAUCUACUUCCUGAUUUCCCAGGACAUGUGUUGAUGCAGUCCAAGGACCAGAUUACAGCUGGUAAUGCAGCCAAAAAAGAUCAAAUGGAAGGAAAAGCGGCACUGUCCAACAAAACUACCUGUUGUGUCUUCAGGCUUCUCCACGAAGCUGGAAUCAAGACUGCAUUUGUCAGAAAGCAUACGGACACUGCAUUUAUAGCAGAACACUGUGAAAUGAUCCCAAUUGAGUGGGUGUGCAGAAGGAUUGCUACUGGCUCAUUUCUCAAACGGAACCCUGGAGUGAAAGAAGGAUACAGAUUCAGCCCACCAAAGAUUGAGAUGUUCUACAAGGACGACACAAACAAUGAUCCACAGUGGUCUGAAGAGCAAAUAAUUGAAUCUGAAAUGAACUGUGCUGGACUGAAGAUGGGCAGCUGUGAGGUGGAUAUCAUGAGUCGUUCUACCUUGGCCAUUUUUGAGAUUUUGGAGAAGGCUUGGGCAACCCAGAACUGUACAUUAGUAGAUAUGAAGAUUGAAUUUGGGGUUUCUGUGUCUACUAAAGAACUAGUACUGGCAGAUGUGAUUGAUAACGACUCUUGGAGACUCUGGCCGUCAGGUGAUCGUUCUCAGCAAAAAGACAAACAGGUUUAUCGUGACUUAAAAGAAGUAACUCCAGAGGCAUUACAGGUUGUAAAGAGGAACUUUGAAUGGGUGGCAGAAAGAGUGGAGUUAUUGUUGGAACCAAUGGAGUCUGGUAGAGUAGUUGUACUUAUGGGCUCAACAUCUGAUCUUGCCCAUUGUGAGAAAAUCAAGAAAUCAUGUGCCAGCUAUGGUAUUCCAUGCGAGUUAAGAGUCACUUCUGCUCACAAAGGUCCAGAUGAAACUCUACGGAUUAAAGCAAAAUAUGAAGGUGAUGGGAAACCAACAGUGUUUGUGGCAGUGGCAGGCAGAAGCAAUGGCCUGGGCCCAGUGUUGUCUGGUAAUACUGCAUAUCCAGUUAUUAACUGCCCUCCUCUCACUUCAGAUUGGGGUUCCCAAGAUGUUUGGUCGUCCUUGAGAAUGCCUAGUGGUCUUGGAUGCUCAACAAUACUUUCGCCUGAAGCUGCUGCUCAGUUUGCUGCUCAAAUCUUUGGCAUCACUGACCAUUUAGUGUGGGCUAAACUGCGAUCGAGUAUGCUGAACACUUGGAUUUCUUUGAAGCAAGCAGACAAGAAACUUCAAGAGUGUUGCUUAUGAGACUGCAUUUUGUAUAGUAUUUUUCCAUUCUGCUACAGACCGUGAAUCAUUCCAAAUAAACUGUAUUAUGCAUGUUGCUAAA